AUGGACAGGCACGCCGGCCAUCAAGGGCCGGACGGAAUCGACACGCAUGGCAUUGCUGACGUUCAGUCUGAUUGGGCUGCACUCGGUUUGACGAAGUCGCGAACAUCCCUGGUCUGGAUCGCUGGUCCGCUCUCCGGCCUCAUCAUGCAACCUAUCAUUGGCGUCAUCGCUGAUCGCUCACGGUCAAAAUGGGGAAGACGACGGCCGUUCAUGGUCGGUGGCUCUUUUGUUGUUGCGGCCUGUCUGCUCCUGCUGGGUUGGACCUCUGAGGUGGUCGGAAUGUUUGUACACGAUGCGGAGAAGAAAAAGAGUGCUACUAUCGCAGUGGCUGUUUUGAGUAUUUACGUCAGUCGAUUUUGCCAUCAAUGCAGGUACGUCUUAUUCUCAUUCAGCGCUCGACUAGAUACUGAUCGGCUCUCUACAGUUCAAGCCUGCUGUCGCAGUCUCAUCGUCGACACGCUGCCGAUUCCUCAGCAGCAAGCAGGAUCCGCAUGGGCUAGUAGGAUGUCUGCAAUCGGCCAGCUCAUCGGUUAUGCCAUCGGUUCCAUUGAUAUGGUCACAGUUUUCGGAACGAGAUUUGGCGACACCCAAUUCAAACAAAUGACCGUAGUUGCGGCGCUGAUGUUGAUCGUGGCCGUUUUGAUCACUUCGUAUUCUGUUAAGGAAAGAGUAUUGAUCUCUGCCAGCGGGUGCGAUCCAAGUCCUGUCGCAGUUGUUCAAAACGACCGUGAAUCUGCCGCCUCGUAUCCAGGCCAUCUGUUGGGUGCAAUUCUGGUCUUGGAUUGGUGCGAUUUACAAAAUGAACCUCUGAAUGGCUGGUUCCCGUUCCUCUUCUACAGCACGACGUGGGUAGGCGAGACCUACUUCCGAUAUGAGAGUCCCGAAGCUGCGACUCAAUCUACCGAUACGCUUGGUGAUGUGGGCCGUCUGGGCAGUCUGUCUCUUGUCAUCUUCUCGUCUAUUACGUUCAUCAGUUCAGUUCUUCUCCCUUUCUGCGUGCGUUCUCCAGAUAAUAAGAAACCGAAUUUCACACCUCGGCCUCCGCCUGGCAUCGCAGCACUGCUGCGCAAGAUCAAGACCGUCCGCCCCGACUUGCAGACGGCGUGGUUUAUCUCGCAUCUCAUGUUUGCUGCCACUAUGAUCUUUGCGCCGCUGGCCCGAUCCGUGCGAUUUGCCACGUUCCUGGUCUCCAUCUGCGCCAUCCCGUGGGCUAUCUCGGGUUGGGCGCCGUUUGCAUUCAUGGGGGUCGAGAUCAACAAACUCGCUUUGGAGCCACCGACCAAUCCACGACCGACCGCAGCGAUGAUCACGUCGACCAGUUUCCGUACGCAUGGGUACCAACCGCUCGACACCAUCGAUCGAAACGCAGAUGUGGAGAGGGAUGUGCUGCGUCUGAACCAUCGAAAUGCCGACGAUGACAGCGACGACGAGUCCCUCUCCGAUGGGUCAUCCACCGGCGAGCUGGCCGGGAUUUAUCUGGGGGUGCUGAACGUGUACACCACGCUCCCGCAGUUUGUCGGAACCUUUAUCAGCUGGGUUGUCUUCAGCAUCCUCGAGCCUGCGACCCCGAAGCCCGGUGACGGCGACAAGCCGGAGGCCUCGCGAGAUAGUGGGUGGAUCAGUGCGAACUCGGACGGUCCAAACGCGAUCGCCGUUUGUUUGUUUAUCGGAGCGCUCAGCGCCUUGGUCGCUGCUGAAGCGACCAGACGGUUCAAAGCAGUGCACUAG